UGGGCAUGUUGAUGUUCAUGUAGAAAAUUAUUAAAACAUAAUUUAUAAUAAUAUCAUAGGAAAAUAAUUUUGUAAAUCUAAAAUGUGGUUAGAAAUAAUAAUUAUUAUAUUACUUAUCAUAUUUUUAAUUUAUAAACGUUUAACAUCAAAAUUUGAUUAUUUUGAGAAAUUGGGAAUUCCAUAUGUUAAACCAAAAAUUCUAUUAGGUAGUUAUCCUGGAUCUAUGUCAAAGAAACUAUCUCUUCGCGAAGAAUUUCUACGAAAAAAUUUAGAAUUCAAAAAUCAUAAAGUUUAUGGUGUUUUUGCUUUCGGAAGUGGUGAUCCAAUUUUUGUUAUUAAUGAUUUGGAAAUUUUAAAAAAAAUUACAAUAAAAGAUUUUGAUUACUUUAAAAAUCAUUUUAAUUUUGUUGAACCAGAAGAUGAUCCACUUUUUAGAAAAUCACUUUUUGCCAUGAGCGAUGAAAAAUGGCAUGAUAUGAGAAUGACUUUAAGUCCAGCAUUUACAAGAAGUAAAAUGCGUUUAAUGUUUCAGCUUAUAUUGGAUAUUUGUGAGAGAGCUGUUAAAUAUUUGGAGAACAGUAUUAAAAACGAUCCAAAUUGCAAAGAUGGUGUUAAUUUUGAAAUGAAAGAUUUUUUUACAUUAUUUACAAAUGACGCAAUUGCAUCAGUGGCAUUUGGUUUAGAUGUUAAUUCUUUAGAGGAUAAUAAUAAUGAAUUUUACAGAAUGGGUAAAAAUUGUAUGACAUUUUCAACAUGGGACGUAAUCAAAUUUGUGAUGUAUGGUGCAAGUAAAAAAAUUUUUCGGCUCCUCGGUUUGAAAGUUUUUAAAAAAGAAUUUAGAGAUUAUUUUUAUCGUUUAGUUGUGGAUGCAAUGAAAUACCGUAAAGAAAAUAAUAUUGUUCGACAAGAUAUGAUUAAUAUGCUAAUGGAAGCGCAAUCAAAUCCAGAAAAACCACAUAAUCGUGAAUGGACAAAUGAAGAAUUAGUUGCACAAUGUUUUAUAUUUCUAUUUGCUGGAUUAGAAUCUGUUGCUACAACUUUAUGUUUUGCAACUCAAGAGUUAAUUGAACAUCCUGAUAUACAAGAAAAAUUACAUCAAGAAGUUGAUUCAGUAAAUGAGGAAUUAGAUGGAAAACCAUUAACUUAUGAAGCAUUACAAAAAAUGAAAUAUAUGGAAAUGUUCAUAUCUGAAGUUUUAAGAAAAUGGCCACCAUUUACACAAUCUGAUCGUAUAGUUACUAAACCAUAUAAAAUAGAAGUUGAUGGCAUCGAAUUAAAUUUAAAAGUUGAUGACAUUAUUUGGAUACCAAUAGUUGGUUUGCAUAUGAAUGAAGAAAAUUUUCCUGAUCCAUAUAAAUUUGAUCCAGAACGAUUUGAUGAUGAGAAUAAGCCAAAAAUAAAACAAAUGUCUUAUGGACCAUUCGGGUUUGGACCUAGAGCGUGCAUUGGAUCAAGAUUAGCAUUACUAGAAUGUAAAGCAAUAUUGUUUCAUAUAUUAACAAAUUUUGAGCUUGUUAUGUCAGAGAAAACCCAAAUGCCAAUUGAAUUAGAACCUGUUAGCUUUCCAGUUUCAAUAAAGGGUGGAUUUUGGUUAAAAAUGAUGCCAAGAAAAUGAAAAUACGAGUAUUUUUAAAUUUUGAAUAAGUUGGUGUAGUCGCAAACUUUUAUUUUUUGUGAUGCUUUGAGUAUUUUAAUGCAUAUUUUAUUAUGUAAAAUAACAAACUAUAUCCCUAGUUCUAUUUAAUUAACAAUUAAUUUUUUAAAUACGUAAACUCAUUUAUAAUAUUAACAA